AAGACUUCCUGCUUACUUCAUUCUCUGAUCUUAACUUCCGCUCACAAUCAGUUGCAACCUGCAUUUGCACCACACGCAUUUAUACCGCGCGGUUUAUAACCAGCGUGCAGUAGCAGUAUUAGGCAGUUCCCGGGGUUCGCUUUUAACACGUGCAUCGUUCAUCUGCAUAUACGCAUUUUAUAUUUGGUAUACCUUCCCCUUCCGCAGAAAAUGCUCUCUUCGACCGUGAUCUUAUUGGUAGCCGGGUGCCUGUUGGGGGGCGCCCUGGCCGGGACGGCGUCGGUGAGCGACGAGGUGACGCUGAACGUGAUGCACGGCGACAGUCUGACCUUCCAGUGCUCCCCGCCCACCGACUCCAUCCUGCUGCUGUCGGCCAACUACAUCCAGCCGGAGACGACCACGCCGGCGCCCAAGAAGAAGGGCAAGGGCAGUGACACGGUGGAGCCGGUGGCCUGGUGCCCCAGCAGCAGCGCCAUCACGGUGGUGGGGCCGGCCUGCGACGCCAAGAAGAAGUGCACCGUCAAGGCGCAGGACGCCGGCAAGGAGCGCGGCUGCUCCAAGCGACCCCUCCGCAUCCGCUACAAGUGCGUCGCCUCCGCCCGCCCCGGAUCCCCGUCCGGCAGUGUCCGCUCCGCGGGUCGCCGCUGAUCCGGCAUGCCACACACUCAUCUCUGAAUGUUGUGGGUUCGCCAUCUUCUGCUGUUGUAUCCCGUAUAGAAGUAUUGCCAACAACACGGGACACGCAUAUGUAAUAUAAAAUUAGCAUGAACAUCUGCCUACUGUAUUCUGUUGCUGCUGCAAGUGGACUUGGAUUAAAUUGGUUGUUUGGUGG